AUGCAGCGCAGCUGGCGCCAAGACGCAGACAAACUCACAUUCAUCGUCUGCCGUCCUACACCAACCCUGACAGAAAAGAGUGACUCUCCCGAGAACAUGGUGGGGGACAUCAAUCUUUUUCUUCGAGUAGACGACGGCGAAGACGGCGACUCGCCACCGCAGAUCGUCGGUGAAAUUGAGCUCAUGAUUGCGGAGAAGAUCAAUCAGCGUCGUGGGUUCGGGAAGGCUGCGCUAUUGGUCUUUUUGCGGUAUAUCAUUAAGCAUCAGGAGGAGAUCUUGGAGGAGUUUGUGAGCCGGGGUGUUGAGGCUAAGAUGGCGGAGAAGGUGAGGGGUGUUGGGGAUCUGGCGUUUGAGUGUUUGAGUGUCAAGAUCGGGCAGAAUAAUGUGCGGAGUUUGGCGCUUUUUGGUGGGCUAGGGUUUGUGAAGCUUUCUGCGGAGCCGAAUUUCUUCGGGGAGUUUGAGCUUAGGAGGACGGAGUUGGGGGUGCAGGGGGUUGUUGAGGGGCUUGCGAAGGCUGGUGUUGAAGGGUAUGGGGAGGCGGGUUAUAUGCGGAAAGAAUAG